UAAAAGAAUUAUCAGAAGAGAAUAAGCAACUUAAGCAGGGAAUGAAAGAAAUAUUGCAAGCUGUGAAGGAAAUGCAGAAGGAUCCUAAUGUGAAGGGAGGAGAAACAGCCUUAAUAAUCCCUAGUCUGGAUCGUUUAGUUAAUGCAAUGGAGUCAAAGAAUUCAGAGGGAAUUUUUGAUGCUAGUGUGCACUUGAAAGCUCAGGUUGACCAACUUACAGGACGAAAUGAAGAAUUAAGACAGGAACUCAGACAGACUCAGAAGGAGGCAACAAAUUUCUCUAAUCAACUGGCAAGUGCAAAUGAAAAGAUUGCACAACUGAAAAAUGAGAUCUGCUUAUUACAUCAGACAGAAGGUGGCAAUAUUGUCUUCCAAACAGUGAAUCUUCCAGAAGGAAUGGUUCCUUCAAGUGUUAAUAUGAUUAAUUCUCUGAAUGAAUAUUUAAUACAUCUUAUACAGGAACUGGAAAAUAAAGAACAGUUACUUAAAAAAUUAGAAGAUGCAGUAGAGGACUACAAGCGAAAAUUUGCAGUAAUUCGUCAUCAGCAAGGCUUGCUGUAUAAAGAAUAUCAAAGUCAAAAGGAAACCUGGCAGAAAGAAUCAGAAGAUAUGAAAGAGGAAAAGAAAAAGCUAGAAGAGCAAAAAGAACAGGAUGCUACAAAAAUAAAGGCAUAUUCUAAUUUACUCAGUGCACUUCAGCUGGAUCCUGAUGAAACAAAAAAAAUACUUGCAGAAAAUAAUAGAAAAAUAACUGUUUUACGAGUUAAUGAAAGGUUGCUAACAAGGCAGUAUACCACUUUACUUGAAACAGAACGUCAUCUUAGAAAAGAAAAUGAGAAACUAAAGGCUGAAAUAACACAUAUGGAGACUGCAGUGAUUGGGAAGAUUGGAAACUUGCAACGGUUUAAGGAAAUGGCUAGCUUUAAGAUUGCGGCUCUGCAGAAAGUGUUGGACGGUAGUGUGCCAUUGUCUGAGCUAGAACUGGCUAAUAAGCAGUAUAAUGCGUUAACUGCUAAAUACAGAGAUAUGUUACAAAAAGAUAACUCGCUCGUCCAACGGACCUCGAACAUGGAGCACAUGGAGCGUGAGAAUGAGUCCUUGAAAGCACAGAUAAAUUUGCUGAAUAAGGAACUGGAGAUCACGAAAGAGAAGCUUCACACUGUAGAACAGGCUUGGGAACAGAUGACUAAACUGGGGGAUGACAAUGCCAUGGACAAGGCCACAAAAGCAAUAACCAACACUGAGAUUUUGUCCAUUUCUAAGAAAAUCACAAUGUUGGAAAUGAAGGAACUAAAUGAAAGACAGAGAGCGGAACAUUCGCAACAAAUGUAUGAACAUUUACGGAAAACUGUAAAGCAAAUAGAAGAACGUAAUUUUGAAUUGGAAACAAAAUUUGCUGAGCUCACCAAAAUCAACCUUGAGGCACAGCAAGUGGAACAGGAAUUAAGAGAUGAACUGUCAAAGAGUGUGAGUAAGGCAGUAAGUGAUGCAGAUAGACGACACAUCAUGGACCUAGAGAAGCGUGAGAUGGAGCUCAAGAUUGAAGUGUCAAAAUUAAGAGAACUGUCUGAUGUAGCAAAAAUGCAAGUUGAAACUCUGGAGGCACGCCAGCAAUACAGAGAUAAAGAAGUGGAAUCUCUUAGAAUGCAAAUUUUAGACUAUCAGGCACAGUCAGAUGAAAAAUCAGUGAUUGCAAAACUGCAUCAACAUAUCAUAGCCCUUCAAGGUAAUGAAUCUUUUGCUGUCGGCAAAUUGGAGACUCUUAAAUUGAAACUACAGAAGAUGGAGAUCCGUAAUCUACGUUUAGAGCAGAAGCUUGAUGAGAAAGAGCAAGCUUUAUAUUUUGCCCGACUGGAAGGAAAAAAUAGAGCCAAACAUCUACAACAGACCGUUCAGUCUUUGCGGAGACAGUUUAGUGGUGCUCUGCCUUUAGCGCAGCAAGAAAAAUUCUCUAAAACAAUGAUUCAGCUACAGAAUGACAAACUGAAGGUCCUGGAAGAAGUUCAGCAUGCCCAGCAGGAGCGUCGAAAUGCAGAAAACAGAGCAUUAGAGAUGGAGUUAAAACUGAAAAGUUUAGAAGAAUUAAUAAGUGCGUUGAAGGAUACAAGAGGAGCUCAAAAGGUAAUCGAGUGGCAUAUGAAGAUGGAGGAACUCCAUCUGCAGGAACUUAAACUCAAUCGAGAGUUAGUCAAGCAAAAGGAAGAGGUGAAGUAUUUGCGUAAUAUAAUUUCUGAAUAUGAACAUACAAUCAAUAAUCUGGAAGAAGAAAUUGUACAGCAGAACAAGUUUCAUGAAGAAAGGCAAAUGGCUUGGGAUCAGAGGGAAGUAGAACUUCAGCGCCAAUUAGACCUAUAUGAUCAUCAACAAAAUGAAAUACUUAGUACAGCUCUACAGGUAGAAGAGGCUACAGGAUCAAUUCCAGACCCUAGUUUGCCACUCCCACAACAACUUGAGUUGGCUUUGAGAAAGAUUCAGGAGCAUAUUCAAACAAUCCUGGAAACUAGGGCAACCUGUAAAUCACUGGAGGAGAAAUUAAAAGAAAACGAAACUGCUCUGUGGAAAGCUGAACAAAAUAUUUUAUCAAGGGACAAAGUUAUAAAUGAACUAAGACUUCGAUUACCUGCAACAUCAGAAAGAGAGAAAAUAACGGCCGAAUUAGGCAAACAAGAAGAUGAUCCAGAGUACCAUCAUACCAUAAAAAUUGCUCAUCAAACCAUUGCAAAUAUGCAAGCAAGAUUACAUCAAAAGGAGGAAGUGUUAAAAAAAUACCAACGUUUGCUUGCUAAAGCAAGAGAGGAACAAGAGGAAUUAGCAAAGAAGCAUGAGGAAGACCUAAGAGUUCUACACCAGAAGUUAGAUUUACAUAAUGACAAUUCCCUCAAUAAGUGCAAACAGACUGCUUUGGAGCUAGUGAAAAAGACUUCUUUAUCACUUUCCAACAACAAACAUCUUCUCCGCUUAGCUGAAAUGGAGCAAACUGUAGCAGAACAGGAUAAUUCUCUUGCUUCACUUGUUGGAAAAUUAAAGAAAACGUCAUCUGAUUUGGAGAAACAAAAACAAAUUACUUUAAUGAAAAUCAAAGAGUUUGAGACUAUCACAGCCCAACUUCAGGAAAAGCACACAGUUGAUGUAGGACAACUAAAAGAUGAAGCCAAUGAAUUGAGGAACACGUUAUCUCAGAUGGAGCAGAAAUUAGCAAGUGUAAAAGCUGAACUAGAGGUCCAAAAAGAAGCAAAUAGUAGAGCACCCACAACAACAUUGAAAAACUUGGUGGAACAGUUGAAGAGCCAGUUAGCCUUAAAAGAGAAGCAGCAGAAAGCUUUGAGUAAAGCACUUUUGGAGCUCCGAGCAGAAAUGACUGCUAAUGCUGAACAGCAGAUUAUUUCUGCUGCUUCGCAAAAAGAGGCGUAUAUGAAUGUCCAGGAAAUUGUUGACAGACAAACAAAGGGGCUUAUGACGCAGAUAGAGGAAUUAAAUAAUCAGAUUACAAACCUUACAGAUAACCUUAAAAUAAGUAAAACCAGGGAAAGUUCGUUGUCCGAUGAAAGGGAUGAGUUGAACCAAGAACUUCAGAGGAAACAAAAAGCGUUUGCUAAAAUGUUGAAAGAAAAAAAUGAAAUUGAAAAAGAAAAUGAAGAACUGAAGAAACGGAUUAAGAGGUUAAGCAGUAGCAUUCAGAGCAAAGCUGAUGAACAAAAUCUGAUAGAUGCACUUCAGAAAAAAAUUAAAAUGUUGGAAAGUGAACUUGCGAAGAAGCAUGAAGAAACGGAAAAAAAAGGUGUAAUAGAAGACAAGAUUUCCAAGGAGGAAAUGAUUAGAUGGGAAGAAAGUAAAAAGUGGCAAAUCAGAAUGGAAGGAUUGAGAAACAAACUAAGGGAAAAGGAAAAAGAAGCAGAUGCUUUAGCCAAACAGUUGAAUACAUUGAAGGAAAUUUAUACCAAGACUGAAAAAGAGAAAAUUGCUCUGCAGAAGAAACUGAAAACUACUGGGAUCACUGUUGAUCGUGUUAUUGGAAUAAGAGCCUCAGAGACUGAAAAAGAACUGGAAGAACUAAGAAAACGGAAUCUAGAUUUAGAAAAUGAAGUUGCUUACAUGAGAACACAACAAGCAAUCCCACGAGAUUCUGUUGUGGAAGAAUUACAUUUCAAAAAUCAAUACCUCCAGGAAAAGCUUCAUGCAUUGCAGAGACAAUGUUCGAGAGAGAUGUAUUCUAGACCCUCGACAUCAGGAAUAGGAUCAGAUGAUCAAUAUCAAAGGCAACAAGAGGUUUUAAAGGAAAAUUUAAGAUUGUCAUCCGAAAACGUCGAGCUAAGAUUCCAGCUAGAGCAGGCCAAUAAAGAUUUGCCAAGACUAAAGGACCAAGUAGGUGACUUAAAAGAAAUGUGUGAACUUCUGAAAAAAGAGAAAGCAGAUGUUGAACGAAAGCUGGGAAGCAUUAGAGGGGCUGGUAGAAGUGGAAAGACAGUCCCAGAAUUGGAAAAAACAAUUGGUUUGAUGAAAAAGGUUGUGGAGAGAGUCCAAAGAGAAAAUGAAGAUCUGAAAAAAGCUCCAGCUGUGGUUUCUAAUGAGAAAUUACUUGGUCUUGAACAGGAAAAUGAGAGGCUAAAGUCUGAAAUGGAAAAAAUGAAACUUCAUCUGGGGAGCCAGCUGAGUACGCAUUAUGAAUCUAAAACCAAAGGAAUGGAAAAAGUCAUUACUGAAAACGAGAGGCUGCGUAAAGAGCUGAAAAAGGAAGCUGACAGUGCAGAGAAGCUACGAAUAGCGAAGAAUAACUUGGAAAUAUUAAAUGAGAAGUUAACUGUACAGCUGGAGGAAACCGUUAAGAGGCUAAAUUUGGCUGAGAGACAAUUUGACGAAGCUGACAACAAAAGCUGGAAGUCCAUUGUUGUAACAAGGAUGCAUGAAACUAAGAUGAAGGAAAUGGAAAUGGAUAUUGCUAAAAAAGACCAAAGCAUUACUGACCUGAAACGGCUGCUUCGGGAAGCAACAGAACGUGAACACAAUGCUGAUAAAAACUUAAACGAUCUCAAAGAACAAAUUGAGCUUCUCAAACACUUCCCUGAAGGUGCAAGGACAGAACAAAGCCUCAUCAGGGAGCUUCAGCUUUUAAGAUUAACUAAUGAUCGAUUAGAGAAAGAAAAAGCAGCACUAGCUCACCAGGUGGAGGAUUAUAAGCACCACAUACACACACAUACAGGUGAAGAUCCUGCAGCUGAACAUAACGAAACAGCAGAGAAGGAUGAAAAUGACAAGUUAAAGACAGAAGUAGCUGACCUCCAGACACAGCUGAAAGCGUCAGAGUUGGAAAAACAGCAAUUAAAGGAUGAAACAAAAAAACUGAGAAGAGAACUAGAAAACUUUGACCCUUCCUUUUUUGAAGAAAUUGAAGAUCUGAAAUAUAACUACAACGAAGAAGUAAAAAAAAAUAUUAUCUUAGAAGAGAGAUUAAAGCAGCUUUCUGAAGAGUUUGGCAUUCAAGUGGAUAGUCCAGGCAAUGUUUCUGUUGAUUAG